AGCCCAGCGCACUUUACAACAUCCAGCUGAUACCAACCGCUUAGCCAUACUGGUUGCCGCUUUUCUCUUGUUUCUCUUAAUCCCAGCUGUAAUGUUUACAUGUCACAUCUACCGUAAAAUGACUUAUUGAGCAGUGGGCGACGCCAGCAUGAUGGAGGUCGUAUUUAAACGUUUAAAUUUGUGUUUGAGUAGUUCCCAGGCUAGCUAGCUAGGUAAAGUUGAUAGCAAUAAUUAUCAUCAACGCUAGCUAGCUGACUGGUUGCCGAUAUUUACAAAGCUGGCAUCGAAAAAACUUCACCGUUAGCCAUGGGAAUACUUUUUACGAAGCUAUGGAGGCUUUUCAAUCACCAAGAGCACAAAGUCAUUAUUGUGGGCCUGGACAAUGCAGGCAAGACUACAAUUCUCUACCAGUUCUCAAUGAAUGAGGUGGUCCACACUUCGCCUACUAUUGGAAGCAAUGUGGAGGAAAUCGUUGUCAACAACACCCAUUUUCUGAUGUGGGACAUCGGAGGCCAGGAAUCCCUUAGAUCAUCCUGGAAUACUUACUACACCAACACAGAGUUUGUAAUCGUGGUGGUUGACAGCACAGACAGAGAGAGGAUCUCUGUGACCAAAGAGGAGCUCUACAGAAUGCUAGCACAUGAAGACCUACGAAAAGCAGGACUGUUGAUAUUUGCAAACAAGCAAGAUGUGAAAGGCUGCAUGACAGUGGCUGAAAUCUCCCAGAGCCUCCAGCUUACCUCCGUCAAAGAUCACCAGUGGCACAUCCAGGCCUGUUGCGCUCUCACAGGGGAGGGGUUGUGUCAAGGUCUUGAGUGGAUGAUGUCCCGGCUCCGUGUGAGAUGAUGACCUUCCUGACUGUUUUAGAGUGCCUGUUCUCCCUUUUUUUUUUCUGCCUCCCGACAAAAGGAAAGGAUGAGGUUUGUUAUUGGACGGCCUUCUCCUCUACAUAUUUUCCUUUGAAGCUGACAUGGACAGACCGUUGGAAGGAUCUUGAAUUUUCCUGUAAUAAUUUAUUAGACUAAAGACAUUUAACACAGAUCGGGAAAAGACUUGUUUCAGAGAGACAAUGUUCACAGAGAUGCAGAACAUUUGCACGGUUUUCCUUUUCAGAAGACACAAGUCGGCAAAAGUCUCCGGCUUGGAACUGUACGUGGAUCAAUCCUCCAGCCGUGCGUGCGUCUCGCCCAUGGUGGCCUUGCAGUAUUUCCAAACUGGCUGUGGUGGUUUUUCAUUGCCUCUCUGUGUGUACAGUCCAGUAUUCUCCUAUAACUCGGUGCCUGCAGCAGAACAUUCAUGGUGACUGAAAAAUGCUUGAUUGAGGGUAAAACACAACAUGCCCUCUUCCCAUCAGACCCUAUAGAAAUUCACUAAAAUAAAGUGUUUUUAUCUGUU